CAUAUAGCAUUUAACUUCCUUGUAAACAAGUAACGGUUUAUUUCAUCAUUCGCUGUGGACUCUAAAGGAUGUCUUCAGAAAUUUACACAUCGGAAAGCGUUGGCUCAGACGAGACCGGUGAAGGAAGUGCAGCCAGGCCUUUUAAAACGGUGCUUCAGGCGAUGAGACAUGCUGGAACAGAACCAUUUCCAACUAUCUAUGUGGAUGGAAAGGAAGAGGGAACUCAGAAGUAUGAAGUAGCAGCCAAGUCGCAGAUCAAGAAGUGGCAGAAAAUCUGGCAGAGGGAGCUUAGUAAACCUACUGACAGCGAAGAAAAAGAUGUUGAUGCCCAGCGCAGAGAAAAGAAUCUCGAGGAGGCAAAGAAAAUUAUCAUUUCUGAAGAUGCUAGUCUUCCAGCUGCUAAGUUAAUUAAAUUACGCGAUUCCGCCAGCAACAGGGAUGUUCGCGUAAAGAUCUACGGUUGGGUUCACAGGCUCAGAAGACAAGGGAAGAACCUCAUGUUUGUUGUGCUUAGAGAUGGUACAGGUGUUUUACAAUGCGUUCUCACAGACUUACUGUGUCAGACAUACGAUGCAUUGACUCUAGCCACAGAAGCUGCUGUUUGUGUUUAUGGUGUUAUCAAGACACUACCAGAAGGAAAGACAGCACCAGGGGACCAUGAAAUGACAGUUAAUUACUGGGAGCUGAUUGGGGCAUCGCCUGCAGGAGGGGCUGACAACUUACUGAAUGAAGAGGCACAUGUAGAUGUUCAGCUAGACAAUAGGCAUAUGAUGAUAAGAGGAGAAAACACAUCGAAAGUACUGAAGAUGAGAUCUGCUGUUAUGCAUUGCUUCCGUGAGCAUUAUUUCAGCCGUGGAUACUACGAGGUGACUGCUCCUACACUUGUACAGACACAAGUGGAAGGUGGUUCCACUCUCUUUAAACUCAACUUUUUCAAUGAGGAGGCUUAUUUGACUCAGUCUUCACAGUUAUAUUUGGAGACAGCGAUACCCGCAAUGGGCGAUGUUUUCUGUAUAGCAAGUUCAUUUAGAGCGGAACAAUCAAGGACUCGGAGACAUUUGGCUGAAUACACCCAUAUUGAAGCAGAAUGUCCGUUCAUAUCGUUUAAUGGCCUGCUGGACAGACUUGAAGAUCUGGUCUGUGAUGUUGUCGACAGAAUAUUGAAAUGCCCGCUGGGCUACAUUGUAAAGGAACUCAACCCAGAUUUCAAGCCUCCAAAGAGACCUUUCAGAAGAAUGGAGUACACUGCCGCUUUGAAAUAUUUGAAAGAAAAUGACAUAAAGAAAGAUGAUGGCUCAUUUUACGAAUUUGGCGAUGACAUUCCAGAAGCUCCUGAAAGAAAGAUGACGGACGCCAUCGGUGAGCCAAUAUUUCUGUGCAAGUUCCCUGCAGAAAUAAAAUCAUUCUAUAUGCAAAGAUGCAAGGAUGACAAGAGACUAACCGAAUCGGUGGACCUCUUGCUUCCAAAUGUUGGAGAAAUUAUUGGUGCGUCAAUGAGAGUAUGGCAGUAUGAUGAACUGAUGGAGGGAUUCAGUCGGGAGGGCAUUGACCCUACAAACUACUACUGGUACACUGAUCAGAGAAAAUUUGGAACAUGUCCGCAUGGUGGGUAUGGUCUUGGCCUUGAGAGAUUUCUGUGCUGGAUCCUCAACAGAUACCACAUUCGUGAAGUGUGUCUGUAUCCGAGAUUUGUUGAAAGGUGUAAACCAUAAAAUGACAGAAAAAACAUAAACAGAUUAGCAAAGUGCUCUGUAAUUUACUUUUAUAUUUCCGUUGAACAAUUUGACUUUUUCUGUUCUUGUUUCAUUAACCGGUAAUCUGUCUAGAGGCAAAGUGCGUCUUUCAAUAUUAAAGGAGGCCGAAGGGUUGAAUAUAUUGAGCAAGGCUAAUACGGCUAUAUGUAAAACUGGUGCAUGCUGGAACUUUUGAGCGUUUUCUAGAUUAAAACAUUCUGCAUAGCUUUAACGUUUGUUGAACAAAUUAUAAAAGUGUUGCAUGUUUCUUUUGAUUUGCAAUUUUAGCUAAUAAAUGUAUGUUUUAUCAUUUUCAAAUGAAA